AACUGAAGGUCAGAAGAACCCUCUCGCUGGGACUCUUGUCUUUGCACGUGAUCGCUGGGCGUCUACACCGGGGCGGCUCCGGCCUCCUCCCCACCCCCAGGGCCUGCCGGUCUCUGCAGAGCCGGAGAGUCCGAGCCUCCCGGGGCAGUGUCCCCGGCCCGCCAUGGCACUCUGGCGCGCCUUGCUCUGCUGCCUGCUGGCCGCCUGGCCCGGCCGCCCGGGACUCGGGGUGCCGCUGGCUCCGACGGUGGGACAGUUCUGGCAUGUGACAGACUUACAUUUAGACCCUACUUACCACAUCACAGAUGACCACACCAAGGUGUGUGCUUCAUCCAAAGGUAAAAAUGCCUCCAACCCUGGACCUUUUGGAGAUAUCCUGUGUGACUCGCCAUAUCAACUUAUUUUGUCAGCACUUGAUUUUAUUAAGAAUUCAGGACAGGAAGCAUCUUUCAUGAUAUGGACAGGGGAUAGCCCACCUCAUGUUCCAGUAGCUGAACUCUCGACAGACAUGGUUAUAAAAGUGAUCACUAACAUGACAACAACCGUCCAGAACCUCUUUCCACACCUGCAGGUCUUCCCUGCACUGGGCAAUCAUGACUACUGGCCACAGGACCAGCUGCCAAUAGCAACCAGUAAGGUCUACAGUGCUGUAGCUGACCUCUGGAAACCAUGGCUAGAUGAAGAAGCCAUUAGGACUUUAAGGAAAGGUGGCUUUUAUUCACAGAAUGUGACAAGCAAUCCAAACUUGAGGAUCAUUAGUCUAAACACGAACUUGUACUAUGGCCCCAAUGUCAUGACCCUGAACAUGACUGACCCGGCAAAUCAGUUCGAAUGGCUGGAAAAUACACUGAACACCUCUCAGCAAAAUAAUGAGAAAGUCUACAUCAUCGCUCAUAUUCCAGUGGGAUAUCUUCCGUUUGCUAGUGGCGUCCCAGCAAUGAGGCAAUACUACAAUGAUAAACUGGUGGAUAUCUUCGGAAGAUACAGCUCCAUCAUUGCAGGACAGUUCUAUGGACACACUCACAGAGACAGUCUUAUGGUUCUUUCAGAUAGAAAAGGAAAUCCACUAAGUUCUGUGUUUGUGGCUCCUGCUGUUACACCAGUGAAAGAUGUUUCACAAAAGGAGACCAACAAUCCUGGCAUCCGACUAUUAAAGUAUAAGCCAGGUGAUUACACAUUACUGGACAUGUUGCAGUAUUAUUUGAAUUUGACAGAUGCAAACCUAAAGGGAGUAUCCAACUGGACAUUGGAGUAUAUCCUGACUCAGGCCUAUGGCAUCGAAGAUCUGCAGCCGAAAAAUGUAUAUGCAUUAGCUAAGCAAUUUGCUGCCCUAGACAGUAAGCAGUUCCCAAAAUACUACAAUUAUUUCUUUGUGAGUUUUGACAGCAGUGUAACUUGUGACCAGAAAUGUAAAGCCUUACAAAUUUGUGCAAUUAUGAAUCUUGAUAGUAUUUCUUAUGAUGAUUGCCUCAAACAAUAUUAUGUAAAGCAUAAUCACUAAUUUUGUUCAUGUUCAUAGACACCAUGACGUUUCUGUUUUUCUGAGAUCAGAUUGUGGGACUGUUUGUUGUGGAACACUCAGUGGGCCAGCAGAGUUUCUGUCUUUGCCUUCUUUCUUGUAAGGCCCAAACACAGACAUGGUAACAUUCUAAAUUUUUACUAUGCUGAAUAUAUUUAAACUGUCCAUUAAUAGAAUGAUGUUUGGAUAUAAAUAUCUCAUCUUCCAACUUUGUAUAUAAUUAUACCUAAAUUUUGCCCUUGUAGAAACUGUCAUUUGUACAAUAAAGCAGAUGAUUUCUCUCUG